AUGGCAGUUAAGGGAUUGGGUCAAUUGGAUCAGAACUACGACGGUUCUAAGCUUAGAGUUGGUAUUAUCCAUGCUCGUUGGAACCGUGUUAUCAUUGAUGCUUUGGUCAAGGGUGCCAUUGACAGAAUGCUGUCGCUAGGUGUCAAGGAGGAGAACAUUAUAGUGGAAACUGUUCCGGGCUCUUUUGAGUUGCCAUACGGUUCCAAGAGAUUUGCUGAAAAGCAGGCUAAGAAGGGUGAGCCAUUGGAUGUUGUUAUUCCAAUUGGUGUCUUGAUCAAGGGUAGCACCAUGCACUUUGAGUACAUCUCUGACUCUACUACACAAGCUAUCAUGAACCUGCAGGACAAGAUAAAUAUUCCAGUGAUCUUUGGUCUUUUGACUUGUCUGACAGAGGAGCAAGCCCUAGCCAGAGCCGGUAUCGAUGAGGGUAAGACCAUGCACAACCACGGUGAAGACUGGGGUGCUGCUGCUGUCGAGAUGGCCACCAAGUUCGGUGCCAAUGCUUGA